UUUCCAGACUUCGUCUAAAGGUGCUUCUUUAACCUUCAUGAUGCCUUCACCUGUCAGGCACUUUGUCUUUCAUCAAGCCAGAGGCCUCAUCUGGAACUAAACUGGUCAUCUUUACAGGGUGCAAACAAGGGCCUGGACUGUUUUUAUUUAAGACGGAAGAGGCCAAGGAGAAACUGGAACAUGUAGCAAUUUGCUUUUUGUUAUUUAAUUUGGUGCCUAUGUGUUCAGGAUCCAAAGGACAAGUGUAUUUUUAUUUCAGGUGUGAAAAAUGGAAGAACUGAGCUAAAGAUGGGAUCAGUGAUGUCCUGCUUUGACAGCUUGUGUGGAAGAGAGAAACAACAAGAGGAGGAGAGGCUCCUGCAAGCUAACGACAGAGAGUUCAACCUGUCUUAUCACUACGUUAACAAUGCCAUCAAAACCUCCAAAUACAACAUUUUCACCUUUUUGCCUCUCAACUUGUUUGAGCAGUUCACCAGGCUUGCUAAUGCUUACUUCCUCUUCCUACUUUUCCUUCAGACACCAAGCUGAUGCAGAACAGUGGAAAAACAACCUUCAAACGCACCAGUGUCGAUCACUUGAUGAAUAUCCUGGUGUUGUGUAUUUUUGGGAUUCUGGCGACUCUGUGCUCCCUCAUGGCAAUCGGCCACUCGCUCUGGGAGAACAAGGAUGGCUCCAUCUUCGCCGUGUUUCUUCCUCGAGUGGAAGGUGUUGAUGUUCCUCUGUCGUCUUUUUACUCUUUCUGGUCCUACGUCAUUGUCCUCAACACUCUGGUGCCCAUCUCUCUCUACGUCAGCGUGGAGAUGAUCCGUCUUGGGAACAGCUUCUACAUAAACUGGGACAGGAAGAUGUAUUACCCCAAAAAUGACACUCCUGCUCAGGCGAGGACCACCACACUCAACGAGGAGCUGGGCCAAAUUAAAUACAUCUUCAGUGAUAAGACCGGCACCCUGACGCAGAACAUCAUGACUUUUAACAAAUGCUCGAUUAAUGGCAAAAAUUAUGGGGAGCUGUUUGACUUUUCUGGACAAAGAGUUGAAAUAACAGAGAAAACCCAGAGAGUGGAUUUCUCCUGGAAUCAGCUGGCAGAUCCAAAGUUUAUCUUCCAUGAUUACAGCCUGGUGGAGGACGUAAAAGUUGGAAACCCGGAGGUGCAGGCCUUCUUCCGCCUGCUGGCCCUGUGUCACACCGUCAUGCCUGAGGAGAAGAAAGAGGGGGAGCUSAACUACCAGGCUCAGUCUCCUGAUGAGGGCGCUCUGGUGACCGCGGCGAGAAACUUUGGAUUUGUGUUCCGCUCGCGCACACCAGAGACCAUCACAUACGUAGUCCUGAAGGUAAACUGACUCUGUACUGUAAAGGAGCAGACACCAUCAUCUAUGAACGGUUACACCCCUCCUGCAACACAAUGAAGGAAGUUACGACAGGACACCUCAAUGAGUAUGCAGGGGAUGGCCUCCGCACUCUUGUUUUGGCCUACAAGGACUUGGAGGAGAGCUACAUGGAGGGGUGGAGACAGCGCCACCAUGAGGCCAGCACAGCCAUGGAGGGACGAGAGGAGAGACUCGAUGAACUUUAUGAAGAGAUCGAGAAAGACAUGAUUCUGCUGGGAGCAACAGCUGUGGAGGACAAGUUGCAGGACGGUGUGCCACAGACCAUUGAACAGCUGGCUAAAGCUGACAUCAAAAUCUGGGUGUURACUGGAGAYAAACAAGAGACGGCAGAAAAUAUCGGUUAUUCCUGCAACAUGCUCAGAGAAGAGAUGAAGGAUGUUUUCAUCGUGGCUGCAAACACAGCCGAAGGAGUCAAAGAGGAGCUGCAGUACGUUAAUAACUUUAGUCGGCCGAGAAGAGGCUUAUUCAAUAAGCAAAAACAAAAUAGAAAGACAGAGACUGUGCAGGAUGAGAAAGUGGACGGAGACUAUGCUCUAAUUAUUAAUGGACACAGCUUGGCGUUUGCACUGGAGAAGGAUUUGGAGCUGGAGCUGCUGAGGACUGCAUGCAUGUGCCAGACUGUGAUUUGCUGCAGGGUCACCCCUCUGCAGAAAGCACAGGUGGUCCAGCUGGUCAAGAAGUACAAGCAGGCUGUCACUCUUGCCAUUGGGGAUGGAGCCAAYGACGUCAGCAUGAUCAAGGCUGCUCACAUCGGUGUUGGAAUCAGUGGUCAGGAGGGGAUGCAGGCAGUUCUCUCCAGUGACUUCUCCUUCGCUCAGUUCCGUUACCUGCAGCGCCUCCUGCUGGUGCACGGUCGCUGGUCCUACCUUCGCAUGUGCAAGUUCCUGCGGUACUUUUUCUACAAGAACUUCACCUACACUCUUGUUCACUUCUGGUAUGCCUUCUUCUGUGGCUUCUCUGCACAAACGGUGUAUGAUGAUUGGUUCAUCACCUUAUAUAAUACAGUUUACACAGCUACUCCUGUUCUUGCCUUGGGCCUCUUUGACCAGGAUGUAAACGACCGCUGGAGCUGUCAGUAUCCUCAGCUCUACUUUCCCGGCCAGCUGAACAAGUAUUUUAACAAAAUGGCUUUUGUGCGCUGUGUAAUGAUCAGCUGCUACAGCUCCCUAAUCCUGUUCUUCGUCCCAUGGGCAGCCAUGCAAGAUACAGUUAGGGACGAUGGCAAGGAUAUAGCAGACUAUCAAUCCUUUGCUCUACUUGCACAGACCUGUCUUCUUGUGGUGGUGAGCCUACAGAUUUGUCUCGACACCUAUUAUUGGACAGCAAUAAACCAGCUGUUUGUGUGGGGCAGCCUGGCUGCAUAUUUUGCUGUGACGUUCACCAUGUACAGCAACGGCAUGUUUUUCAUCUUCACCUCCACUUUCCCCCUCAUUGGCACCGCAAGAAAUACUCUGAACCAGCCAAACUUGUGGCUGACCAUCUUCCUGACUUCUCUCCUCUGUAUUCUGCCUGUUUUGGCUCAGCGCUUCAUUUCCAUGCAGAUCCGUCCAGCUGUCACUGACAAG